CAGGCCGGGAGGCCGGGGUCGAUCAUGCGGCUGCGGAGGCGGUGAUGUCGCUGCUGGAGUCCAACGGUUUCGCCGUUGCAGAUAACCGCCGGCUCGCCAACUACUUUUGGUGCAAGGUGUCGUACGAGGGACAGUACCACACCAGCCGUCUAGUGGGCGUGUCGGGCGGGCUGGUGCGCUGGGAUGAGACGUUCGUGAUCGCCGCACUGCGACCCGUACGACCCGCGCCGCUGGAGAUCGAGCUGUACGGCAGCAACGACAGCAAGUCCCGCGGCAAGGUGGUGUGCUCGCUGUCCGUGCCGCUGUGCGACCUGGUGGAGCUAGCGCACCAGCAGCACCUCGCACAACUGCAGCGACAUCACCACAACCACCAACAUCCUAACCACCACCAGCACCUUGAUCGUCACGUCCCGCGCCACCUGCCGGAGUCGGUGCCAGGCCCGCAGCUGCCGCAGCCGCAGCCACUGCAACAGCAGCAGCAACCGUCUGAUGCGGCACAACCAGGACAGGGGCAGGGGCAUCAGGCACAGGCCCCGGCAGGGCGUGGAGGUACCCUGGGCGGCGGUACGGCAGCAGCCGCGGCAUCCCGCUUGCUGGGUGCGCUUAAGUCGCCUUUCACAGCCGCCCUCGGCACCGGGGCAGUACCCGCUGCUGCUGCUGCUGCCGCCACGGCCUCCUCGGGUGUGGCUGCUGCAGCUGUGUUUGGACCGCCGCCGCCUCCGUCAAUCCCGCCGUACAAUCCGGAUACCUGGCCUCGUGGAAAGGUCGUAGUCACGGCACGCAUGGGCGGCCAGGGCGGAGGUCAUUCCUCCACAGUAGCGACGUCAGUAACAGUGACCCAUGGGUCUCUGCCGACGUCUAGUGGGCUUGCUGCGGUUGCUCUUGGCGGUGGCGGGUGCGGAGCCCAGGCUGGUCACACAGCAGCUGCGGCUGGUCACGCAGCGGCGCGGGAGUGUCGUUUCGAACUUGAAGUUGAGGUGGUGGAUGCCGACCCACGGGCCGCUGCAAACGCCACACAAUUGCUUCCAUGGGCACCUCGAGAUGCUCACCCGCCCUCCUCUUCUUCAGGCUCCUCCUCUUCCCAACGGCACCCCCACCACCACCAUCAACAACAACAGCAGCAACACACAUCGCUACCGUUCUUGCCUUCGCCGCUACAACAGCAGCAGCAGCAGCAGCAGCAGCAGCAGCAGCUAACACUGACGGAGCCCGGCAGCAGCACGGGUGUGACAGUGACACGUCAGGGCUCCCUGGACAGCUUCACAACGGCUGCGGUGGAGGGUGGCGAUGGUAGUGAUGGCAGCAGCAGCGGUAGCGGCGACAGUGACGAUGACAGCCGGCCCGAGAGCCCUCCCAGGAGUCCUGUUGGGGGCAGCAGCGGCGGCAGUGGCGAGGGUGGUGGGCGCAGCGGUGGCGGUGUGGAGGGUGUGCGGAGUCCGGAAGAGGGAGGCAGCGCCCCGGGCGGGAUCCUCAGCCUGGGUGCCAGCGACGUCCCUCACCCCCCCGGACCCAGCGACGCUCCCCAGCCCCCCACAUCCACCUCCUCACAUCAGCAGCCUGUGCAGCUCACCCGACAGCCCUCCCCUCCGCUACCCGGCGAGGAGGACUGCUGGCUGCCGCCACACCCCAACAAGCAACCCGGCGGCGGCGGCGCGGCGCCGACCCGUACACCUGCCGUACGACAUGACGGCGCGCUGGCGGCGGCGACGCCGACGCCAGGUCCCGGCCUCUGCUCCGCCGCCGCCCUCGCCGCUAGCGCCUGCGCCACGCUGUCCCUCGUUUGCCAUGACCUAUCCCUGGAACUUCCGCCGCCGCCGGAGGCGCCUAGCGGCGGAGGCGGAGGCGGUGGCGGCGGCGGGCUCAGCGGCAUUGGCGGCGGCGGCGGCGGGCCGCAAGCGCAGUACUCUGCCGCCGUCAGCUCGCUGGUGCAGGGGGACUACUACCUGGCACUCCGCUGCGGUAGCGUGUGGGUGACAUCCCACAGCAUGAGGGUGGUGGGGGCGGGCGGCGGAGGAGGCGCCGCCGCCACGCCGGCGGCGGGCUUUGGCGGCAGCGUGCCGCGCCUGGCGCCGCACCUGGGUCUGAUCGCGCCGCUUCUGAAGCCCUCGACUGUGGUCAGCAUGGGGCUGUUCCGGCGGACGGAUACCGUGGCGGGGAAGAAGGUCCUCAACGUUCGCGCCAUGAUCGGCAUGAUGGCCUCGGAGCAGCUGCUGGGCAAACUGCGGCUGCGGGCGUCCAGCCUGGUGCCGGGGCGGCCGGUGACGGUGUGCCUGCCGCUCAAGGCCGAGCGGUCCGCCCCCCGCCCCUGUGCCACGGUGGCCUGGUGCCGGCUGACACUGCUGCUGAGCCCCGGGCCGCGGGGGCUGGGCGGACUGCUGGGGGCGUACGCGGAGCCGCCCACCUACCCACCCGUGGCGAUGCUACAGGCUGGCGCAGUGGCGGGCGGCGCUCUGAGCCCCACCCUGCCGCGGCUGGACCCCGCCAAGCAGGUGGAUGCGGAGGCGCUCAAGCGGCGGGAGCGGCGGCUGCUGAUCAGGUGGGUGUCCGAGAGCAGCCCGGGGGUGUCCGCCAGCGCGGCUCGCAAGCUGGUGGAGGACGGGCGCACCGAGUUCAACGCGGGGCGCACCACACAGAACUGGCGCCGCAUCGCAAGGUCCCUGGCCGCCACGGAGCCGCUGAAGCGCUUCUGGGACCGCGUGCAGAGCUGGCAGCAGCCGGGGCUCACCCUGGCCGUGGGCGCGGGGGAGCUGGCGCUGCUGGCGUGGCCCUCGCGGGUCAUUGCCGUACUGCUGGUGGUGCUUGCCGUACACCUGCUGCGAGUGCGGGCAGCCAUGUUGCCGGUGACGGAGGAGGAGGAGACGGAAGCGGAGGCGGCGGGGGGUGCUGGGGGAGGCGGUGCAGCCUGGCGUGUGGGUGCAGGCGCGGGCGGCGGUGGUGGUGGCAGUGGGGGUGCUGGCGGAGUGGAGGGCGGCAUGGGGGGAGGGUGCAGGGGAGAGGUGGCAGGGGAGGGCGGGCCGCUGCGGUGGGGCGAGCCGCCUGCCAUGGUGGAGGACAUCGGCUCGGACCCGGAACCCACUCUCUCCACGGGAACGGCGCCCGGCCCUCGCCCCGCCGACGGCGAGGCGCCCACCGGCAGCGCCAGCGGAGAAGCAGCGGCAGCAGCAGGCAACACCGGCCCGCUGCAGCCCGCCGCCUCCGUCGCCUCAACCGCCAGCAGCGCUGCCGUACCCAUACCCCUACCCGGUACCUCGCCCUCCUCCUCCCGAAGCGCCGCCUCCGCAGCAGCAGCAGCGGCUGCCGGCUGGAUCUUUGGCAGCUCACCGCCGGCAGCUGGCGGCGGCUUUGCAAGCGGCGGGGCCGGCGGCGAUUGGGCGGCGGCGCAGCGGGGCACAGCAUCCUCUUCCGCUGUGCCGCCUCCCGCUGCUGCUGCUGCUGCGGCCCCCGUCAUCACCACCCUCGGCGGCUCCGAGGUUCCCAAGGACCCGCUGGCCGCCCUGCGGCAGCAGUACGACCAGUUGGUGUACUUUGGGUUGCGGGUGCAGAACGUGCUGGAUGACCUGGCGGGCGGCAUGGAGCGGCUGCAGGCGGUGCUCAGCUGGCGUGACCCGGUGGCCAGCGGCUGCUGCGUGUGCGGGCUGCUGCUGGCCGCUGCGGGGCUGUGGGCGGUGGGUGUGCGGGUGCUGCUGGGGGCGCUGCUGCUGUACGACCUGCGGCCGCCGAGGUGGCGGGACCCCUGGUUGCCGCCGCCCGUGAAUGCGUUCACGCACCUGCCCACGCGGGCGGACCUCAUGAUGUAGGGGAGCGGGCGGUGGGGGAGAACGGGAGUGGUGGGGCGUCGCAGGGUAGGCAGUGACGUUGUGUGGUGUGGAUUGCAGGAGGGUGAUAGUGAGGGGGGCUGUGAUGGGAAAGGAGAGGGAAGGAAAGGAAGGUUGCUGGGUGGAAAAACGAAAGCAUUAAGAUGGUACGCCUUUAGGACAACCCUUGCGGCGGAAGGAGCUUAAGGAGGGCUUGCUCGGGUAUUUGGGACUGCAAGAAGAGGGUGUGGCAUUUAAGUUCGGAGAGCCCGAAAUUUGUAUCAUAAGUUCAUGACCUGUGUCCUGCAGUAUUCAUGUUGUUUGGUUGCCUCUCGCUUUUAUCCUCUUCCCAAGAUGCCGUACAGAUAGGCUGUAAGAUUACAUGUAGCGUCGGAUUGCAUUGGGUGAAAUGACGUUGAAAUUGCUGCUGCCCUGCUGGCUUUCAUCUGGUCUGGGUUGUUAUGUUGGGUCUGGGCGGGUGCGCUGCUCGCGGACUGUUGCCAGGGCUCCCAGGAGCACCCAGGAAGCUAUGAAGUCGGCGUCGCAUUCACUGCCAUGAAGCUGUUAGGGUAUUGCUAGCAGGAAAGUAUACUGCAGUUGGUGAGAUGGCAACUGCUCGCAUGCUUUUCUGGCCUGGGGUGUGUGAGGUACGGAUCGGGUAUGUUGUUUGCUGCCAUUUGGCUAAAAAGGCAUUCCUGGACACCUCACGGAUUCCGGAGAGAUAAGGCCCACCCAUAAGUUACUCACGUAUAGGUACUUCAGAGAAGGCUGCUGCGUUUCAGUUUUUGGGAAGAGAAUUCUGAAGAAGUAGUCCGAGUGAAAUGGAAGGGUUCAGACGCACCUAGCACAGGUUACAAUAGCAGAUCAUCAUACCAGAUUAGAUCUUUAUAAUUAUACUUGCCC